AGAGAGAGAGAAAGAGAGCGAGAGAGAGACGGAGAAAGAGUGACUUAAUAACGGCAGAAACAGCUGGAGUAUGCAGGAAGAAUCAGGAGUUUAUUCUCCCCUAGGUGUACAGCAGCCAACCUCUUUACAUUACAUCUGCCUGUCAGAACUGGCUGUUUAAGCUGUUAUGUAGCGUGCUGCACUUCUUUUUUCUUACACUUUCACUCUCCCUGUGAAUAAAGUGCAGCAUUGUGAUUACUAAUCCCGCUCUGGUGACUUGACUUUAAUGUGGUCUUGGAGUAGAUCCCGGCAUUCUGUUUGCUAAUCUUCCAAUUGCUGUUUCGGAGAUACCACUGGAUAUAGAGCAGAUCUCACUGACAAAUUGCCGCACUUCUGUCUGAUAUUUGUCACUUUAACAAAUUUUUUUUUUUUGUCCAUACCUUCGGAGGAUACCAAUGGAUACCAAGCUGAUUUGUCUAUUUUUCCUUUUCUCUGUGCCUCCCCUGGCAGUGGGAAACCAGACAGGGCGAAUCAAGGUGGUCUUCACACCCAGCAUAUGCAAAGUCACCUGUACCAAAGGCCGCUGUCAUAACAACUGCGAGAAAGGAAACACUACCACACUUAUUAGUGAAAAUGGCCAUGCCGCUGACACGCUGACAUCAAGCAACUUCAGAGUAGUGAUUUGCCAUCUUCCUUGUAUGAAUGGAGGAAAGUGUUCAGCUCGAGACAAAUGCCAGUGUCCACCUAACUUUACCGGCAAGCUCUGUCAAAUACCCAUACAGAAUGGAAAUGUUCAGAAACAAUAUAUAAACCAGCAGAAUUCAGUAAAAUCAACUGGAUCCCAUGUAAUUCAUUCCACCCACUCUUUGCCUCUCACUGUCACUGGACAACAAGGAAUCAAAGUUAAUUUCCCGCCAAAUAUGGUUAACAUUCAUGUGAAGCACCCACCUGAGGCUUCUGUACAGUUUCACCAGGUGUCCCGGGUUGAAAGUUCUUCAUCUAGCCAGAAAAAAGAUAGUCAGAUAGGGCAGACGCAUGUUUCCUACCAUGGUGUACAGAAGCAUCAACUACCACAUGCUGUAUACCCACAUCAGCAGGCAAUAUCCCACGUAUAUCCAGUUUCAGCUAAAACACAGCUUGGCCGCUGUUUUCAGGAAACCACUGGAACACAGUGUGGAAAGCCACUUCCAGGACUUUCAAAGCAAGACGAUUGCUGUGGAACGGUGGGAACAUCCUGGGGUUUCAACAAAUGCAUGAAGUGUCCGAAAAAAGCUACCAAUCCAACGUAUUCUCAGUCAAUGGAUUGUCCUCAAGGUUACAAACGCAUCAAUGCCACAUUUUGUCAAGAUAUUAAUGAAUGCUAUAUGCGAGGUGUAUGUCCGAAUGGGGACUGUUUAAAUACCGUAGGCAGCUAUAGGUGCACCUGCAAGCAAGGGUUUGUUCCUGAUCCUACAUAUUCAUCUUGUGUUGCUGAAAAUCUUUUGGUGUCUGAGGAGAAGGGACCAUGUUAUCGGCUUGUCAGCGCUACAAAGCAGUGUAUGCAUCCUUUAUCUGUUCAGCUCACUAGGCAGCUCUGCUGUUGCAGUGUGGGCAAAGCCUGGGGACCCAACUGUGAAAAGUGCCCUCUACUUGGAACUGCUGCUUUCAAGGAAAUCUGUCCGGGUGGAAUGGGCUACACAGUCCCUGUGCUUCGAGGGCCAGCACAUGUUAGACCAUAUACUGCACAGCCUCCAGUUACGACAACGCUUCAACCAGUCAUAACAAGGGAAGAACCUGUAGAAGCUCUAUCUGUUUCACACAGAAAUGCUCCAGAUGGAAGAGAUGAUGUUACUACAACAGAUCAGUACAUUCAAACUGGAGAUGGUCAACGGCCGGUGGAUCACGGGCAACCACAGCUGUCACCUGGAAUUUCAACCAUAAACUUACAUCCUCAGUAUCCAGUUGUUGUUGAGAAGUCAUCCCCUCCUGUACCUGUCGAAAUAGCUCCAGAUGUCUCAAAGGCAAGUGCCAGUCAAGUUAUUGCUCCAACUCAGGUAACAGAAGUCAACGAGUGUGUAGUGGAUCCUGAUAUCUGUGGGGAAGGCUUCUGUGUCAAUCUACCGAUUGGAUACCUGUGUGUCUGUCAUGAAGGGUAUAAGCGUAAUGACAAUCAGACCAAAUGUGUGGAUAUCGAUGAGUGCUCACAAAAUCGCGGUCUCUGCUCACAGGGGCGCUGUGAAAAUACAGAUGGAAGUUUUCUAUGUAUUUGUCAAGCAGGAUACAUGGCCAAUGAACAGGGAACUGACUGCACUGAUGUAAAUGAAUGUUUGAGACCAGAUGUAUGUCCAGAUGGCCUCUGUAUUAACACUGCCGGCUCUUUCCGAUGUGAAUACUGUGACAGUGGCUUGCGCAUGAACAGGAGAGGGCAAUGUGAAGAUAUCGAUGAAUGUCUGAUUCCCACUACUUGUCCAUAUGACAGAUGUGUCAAUAGCCCAGGAUCUUAUGCAUGUGUACCUUGUCCUGAAGGGUAUAGAGGAUUAAAUGGCAGAUGCUUAGACAUCAAUGAAUGCCAAGAUGACACAUCACUAUGUGCCAAUGGUGACUGCUCCAAUCUGGAGGGUUCAUACAUGUGUACUUGCCGAACAGGAUAUGAAUCAACCUCUGACAGCAAACAGUGCAUUGAUAUAGAUGAAUGUCAGCUUGGUAAUUUAUGCUUGAAUGGUAAAUGUCAUAACAUUGAAGGUUCCUUCAUAUGCUCCUGCAACUCAGGAUAUCAGUUAAGCCCAUCCAGCGACAAGUGUGACGACAUUGAUGAAUGCCAAGUUCAAAGCCUUUGUGCCAAUGGACAGUGCAGGAAUACCAGGGGAUCGUUCACUUGUUUAUGCAAUGAAGGCUACAAGCUAUCACCUGCUGGAGAACAGUGUGAAGACAUAGAUGAAUGCCAAGAGUUGGAUGAAGCCUGCCAGGGAGGAGGAAGCUGCUCUAAUACAUUUGGUUCUUAUAUAUGCAUAUGUCCACCAGGCUUCCUGCUUGUUGAUGGAAGGAGGUGUCAAGAUAUUAAUGAGUGUGAAAACCCAGAGCUCUGUUCUCCAAAUGGAGAAUGUCUCAAUACUGCUGGUUCAUUCCACUGUAUAUGUGAGCAAGGAUUUACUACAACGCCUGAUGGAAGGUCAUGUGAAGAUGUUGAUGAAUGUACUAACAGCUCGCUGUGCAAUCAAGGGUUUUGUGAAAACAACAAUGGUUCAUAUCGUUGCCUCUGUUACCAGGGGUACCAAGACUCACUGGAUGGGCAAGGCUGUGUGGAUGUAAAUGAAUGUGAAAUGCUAAAUGGAGUCUGUGGUGAGGCCCGAUGUGAAAAUGUAGAAGGCUCCUUCCUCUGCCUGUGUGCUGAUGAUAACCAGGAAUAUGACCCAAUGACUGGGCAAUGCAGAUACCGCAGCAUGACAGAUGAGCAUUAUGAUGAAGAAGAAAAGCAAUGCUACUAUAACCUUAAUAAUGUCAAUUUCUGUGAGAAUGUUCUUACUAUAAAUGUCACCAAACAAGAAUGCUGCUGUACUUUGGGAGCUGCUUGGGGAGAUACCUGUGAGAUGUUCCCUUGUCCAGUCUUGGCUUCUGAUGAAUAUGCAUUACUGUGCCCUGAAGGGAAAGGCUAUGUCCCAUCGAAAGAGUCACUCUAUGAGGGCAACGGCUUGACAUAUGAAGAUGCUGAUGAGUGCCUAUUGUUUGGAAAAGAAAUAUGCAAAAAUGGCUUCUGCUUAAACACUGAGGCAAGCUAUGAGUGUUACUGCAAACAAGGCACAUAUUAUGAUUCUGUGAAGCUUCAGUGUUUUGAUAACAAUGAAUGUGAUGACCCAAGCAGUUGCAUUGAUGGUGAAUGUAUCAACACGGACGGAUCGUACAGCUGUUUCUGCACACGUCCCAUGGUUCUGGAUGCUACAGGAAAAAGGUGUAUCAGACCACUGGAUGUAAUUGAACCUACAGAAGAAACAGAUGUUUUCCAAGAUGUGUGUUGGCAGGACCUCAGUGAGGAUUAUGUGUGCAGUCAGCCCUUGGUGGGCAGGCAGACUACUUACACAGAAUGCUGUUGUUUAUAUGGGGAAGCAUGGGGAAUGCAGUGUGCUCUUUGCCCAAUGAAGGACUCAGAUGAUUAUGCACAGCUAUGUAACCUUCGAGUGCCAAGGUUUAGACAGCCUUAUGGGGAAGAUGCCCUUCACUUUUCAGACCACUAUGUGCCACAGCCUGAUCCUUUUAACCUGCAGGAGCGUUUGGGAGGUGGGCAGUAUGAGGAGCUACAGGCGGAGGAGUGUGGCAUCUUGAACGGAUGUGAAAAUGGUAGAUGUGUACGAGUACAGGAAGGAUACACAUGCGAUUGCUUUGAUGGAUACCACCUGGAUAUCAUGAAAAUGACCUGUGUUGAUGUCAAUGAGUGCAAUGAGCUAAACAGCAGGAUGUCACUGUGCAAGAAUGCAAAGUGUAUUAACACAGAGGGCUCAUACAAAUGUGUGUGUCUGCCUGGCUACAUACCAUCAGAUAAACCCAACUACUGUACAGCAUUAAACUCAGAUAGAGACGACAGUGAACUGGAGUAGAACGGACUUUGGCUCCAAUUUCUCAGCCCAUAUACUCUGCACUGUAUGAAAGCAAGGAAGAUGUGUAUGUUACUUGAGAUGAAGGUGGAAUAUAACCUCUAAUGACAGUUUUGUGGGAAACAACAGUAGUUCUUUUAUCUGCAAGUGGAAUAUAAUGUUGGAUGUUACUCUGCAUCAGAUUUCCAGACCAAAAAGCACACAUUUUCGCUAACGGAAUAAACCACCCAAGUAUAUAGUCUGAUCUUACAUAGCCAAAAGCAAUGAUGUUACUGAGCUGGUUAUUAUUAUUUUGUACUAUUGCUUUAUUAACUUGCCAUUUUAUUAGAGGUGGGAGCAUUUUAUAACACUUUUUUUGACGAUGCAGCACAUUGAAUACUGUAUCAGAACUAUUGAGAUGAGAACUUUUUUUUUGUUAUAUUUUGGUGCAAAUAUCUUGUAGGGCAAUUUCCUAUGGACCUUUUCACACUGUUAUACUGUUCUUUGGAAAUAUUGUUCAAUGACUUUAUAACCUCUCGUUUGCCCUGUGGAGCAGACAUUCUUUUUGUUUUUUUAUUCUUAACUUUUUGUACAUCUUGGCCGGAAAAUCAUAUUGAUUUUAUUUUUUACUCUCUCUUUUAUCUUAUUGCUGCACUUAAAUUCUUUAGAACUUUUCUUGCCAAGUUUCAAAGCUGCUGGAGAACCAUUGCAUCCCUUAAUGUAUAUUAAAUUGGAUACAUGUUUCCCUGUCCAGAAAUGUAAUUUGUAAAUCGAAUAUAGGAAAAAAAAUCUUGUUUGUGUUUCUUAACAUAUUAAAGCUGUAUAUU